CCGUAUUGACUUGAGACAAACUGUCCUCGAAAAUGGCAUCAGAAACUGCGGAUUUAGCAUUGAUUCAAGAUGAAGAAUUGCUCCGCCGAAUGUGGCAGCAGACGGAGGAUUUUGCAAGGAAGAAGGAGAUUCGUGCUCAUAUGUACAAAUUGCGCGAAAAUCGCCUUCGAGAUUUCUAUACCGGUGAAAUGGAUGCAACCACCAUUGGAAUGGGCAAGGGUCCACUUGGGAGCAGUCACGGGGACUCUCUGGUCGAUCAGUCAUUUCAGAGUCUCAAAUCAAAAGAAAUUCGCGAUUCUGAAAGUCCCACAAGAGACUACAAGUUUGAUGUUGUGGCGCCAGAUACAAGUGGAUGGAAUGUUGUUACAUCAUCGGAAGUGACAAACGACGGAAAAACUCACACGACCCAGUCACUUGCAACGACAGCCGGUGUUCAAGACGUACCAGGUGGGAAGACAUCAUUCUCCGGGCGCAAUGAGCAAUUGUCCUCGGUGACCCGUGAAGGUGAUGACAACAACUACACCACAUCAGCCGGCCAGUCGUCCAAUACACUCCUCCAGGAAACAACGGUUACGGGGGAUGAAACAAGUGGAAGGACUGAGAGUAAAUCAACAUCAGUCACCUCCUCGUCUCGUGUCAUUAAGUCCCAACACACAUCAUCCGGAGAUCAAGCUAUUCGUGAUCACAGAAAUAUUGCCGACGAAUUCGAUGAAUUGCUCCAAUCAACUCGAAAUACAUCAUCGACACAAUCGCGCUCAAAUGUCCAGCAACAGUCAACCACAUCACUCACAACAUCUGCAAGUGACUAUCAAAAUGAACAGCUUAGUGGGCAGGAGAGCAAAAUCUCCACUACAACCACUAAGCAACAUUCCACAACAGACAAGACCGCUGAGAGUCACCAGAGAGAAGUUGAGCGCCUUGCCGCAUUGCCGGGUGAGAUAAUAUCGCGAAAGAUUGACUAUCCCGAUGCCAAUACCAAGAUGAUCACUGAGACAAAAGCCCUGGAUGAUGGAACGAUCGUCACAACCACAAAAUACGAAACACGAUCGGCGUCCUCAAAGGUCUGGUCAUCGGCAUCGAAUAAGCAAGAAUGCACGUCUUCGCGAUCAAUCACGGAGGAGCGUGCCCAAAAGCAGAGAAUUGAAUGUAUUCGCGAUGAUACGGCCAAUGUUAGGGACAAUGAUCACCAGAGCAUCCAUUCACAUGAUUUGCAAUCGAAUGAUGUGCAGAAGAAGCACCAAGAAACUGCCACAAAAUCGCGCGAGACUAUGGAAAAGUUGCGUGAGACAUCGCAUCAUGAUCAUGAAACAUCUCAACAGCAAACAUUCAAAACUGAUGUAACGAUCGCCGAUGAUUAUGCUCCAAGUGAGGCAUCUCAAUUCUCUCCGCAAUCAAAUAAAACUUUCGAAUACUUCAAUGUGGAUUCAUCGGAGAGCCAUCAUGAGGAUUUUGUGAUAAAGAAGCAGGACUACCGUCAGGAUCACAUUAGUAAGCGUGUUAGUGUGGAAGUGGAUGCAGCUCAUGAUGCCUUUGCACGAUCUCUACGUUCUAUUUCACCUGAUCGUGGAAGCACAAAAUCCUCACGCACAACACUGGAUAAGAUUCACUCACGUCGUAGUCCAUCACGGGACAGCGAUAUAAGUCGCAUUAGCUCAAACACAGUAACAAAGAGCAAGAGUGAUCUCACGACUCACGACUACCAGAAAUCAACGAUCAGUUCCGAGAGGCGCCAGGUGCGAGGGUCAACACCCACGGUCACUACAAAGCGCCCGUCGGCUCUUGUGGAGACAACUGAAGUGGAAACAGUUGAGAGUGUCAAGAAGAGUUCAGAGUCCAAGGAUAGAGUGCCCGUGAGGGAGCCUUCUCCAGUUCGUAGACCCACCCAGGCAAGCAAGAAGCCUGCAGAAAGGGAUUCAAGAUCACCAACUAAACAACCACUCAAGGAUUUUGAAACGGAUUCUGCACGUUCAACUUCUCCCACAAGCACUGUGAGUGACAUUGUUUACCAUCAUGGAGAGACACGCAAAGUAAUUACAGAUCUUGACACAGAGGAGACCACAAAAAGCGUAGAAGUUCAAGAGGUCAAGAAAACCACGGAAGAAUUUAUAAAUACUGAAUCAACAACACAGAACACCACCACUGAGGUUAAAAAAGUUGUUGCUGAGGGUUAUGGUGAUGAAGUUGUCCAGGAUGUUCCACAAGUGACUGAGAAACCAGCAAAAACUCCCACUGCUCAGCCAAGAAAGAGCUCCUUGAAGAAAACCACAGAAGAUGUGACUGAAAUUGAAAAAACCUCCGAGGAGACAACUGUGCAAAAAUCCAAAAGACAUCAGCUGACCAGAAGUGAGACCUACGAGGAAAGAUGCCGCCAAAUCCUUGGGAUGUCCGAUAAAGCAGAAAUUCAAGCUAAAGGAGAAGAAAAUCUAACAAACAUUCUAACUGCAAUUGAGACACAAGAGAAAACAUCUCAAGCAAAGGAUACCGUUGAUUUUCUCGCCAAUGAGAUCAAUGUUGAAAAUGCAAAUAAAGUCAGCAAAAGUCCCGAAAGGAAGCCCAAGACACCCAGUGAAAGUCCAAGAAAGAUUUCUUCUCCUUCUAAGAAAACUCCUGCAAGUAGUCCUGAAAGGAAACCAUCCAUAAAAGUUACGGAAACAGUUGAGAUUAAAACAACCACAAAAGAUUUGCCUAAAGAUUCAAAGCCUCAGGAUAGGAGCCCCGAGAGGAAACCAUCAGGUAAAAUUACAGAAAAUAUUGAAAUAAAGACAACUACGGUGACAAAGGAUUCAGCAAAGGAUGCAAAAGUUCAGGAUAAGAGUCCAGAGAGGAAGCCAUCAGUUGGUGAUCGUGGCGGUAAGAAAACUCCCACAAAACCUGAACCGGUGAGAAAGUCCAGCAAGAAUGAGAUAAAAAGGGAAUCCGUAACCGAGAUUACUACUCAAUCCUCAAAGACAGUAAUCAAGAAGGAAUUAAAAGAAGAUGAUAAGGAAAGAAAAUCAACGACAACGAUUGUAACGACUAAGGAGGCACCUGAGAAAAAGACAUUGGGUGAAAGAAAGAAAUCAACGGGAUUGGAUAAGAGCCCAGAUAGGAAGCAAUCAGUCAAAUCUACUGAUUCAAAGCACGUUACAACGGCCAAGAUAACCAUCUCUCCUGUGGCUUCUAAGACAAAGCCUAAGGAUGAGAAGCCCACAACGAAGAAACCCAAAAAGAUCACUCAUAGCGAUUAUUCCUCAGAAGCUGAAGAUUCAGAAAAGGAGAAUCCCCAGGUUGAGCAAGAAGUUACAAGGACCACUGAGAAAAUAACAAGACGCAUCAAUAAACUUCCGGUAGUUGAGCGUAAGGAAUCUGCUCCAGUUUACAGUUCACGCCAAGAAAAGGAAUCUGUUCAUAAGAUGGCAAGAUCAACAAGUGAGAAUACAUUCCGUUCAUCAACGAGAAAACGCUCGAAGCCAGAAGUGGAGGUAACUGCUAGUAAAACACCAGAAAAACCAACAAAAGUCGAUUCGAAGCGACCCACAAAGUGCAUCACAACGAAAACAAUCAACCUUACAGCAACGAAUCACAUUGAAACAAAAACGAGUGAAGAUGUUGAUGUGAUCGUUGAUAUUCAGCAGGCAAAGUCAUCACGUGAGCCAUCACCUAAUAGAAUAAUCCCGGUUCCCGUGUCUCCGGAAGAAGACACAGGGAAACCAAGAUAUCCAGAUGAUAUCCACGAACCCGAUGACGAAAGACGGCAGCCUAAGAUAAAGAACAUUCCAAUUUUCGAAGAGGAAACGAGCGACUACAUCGGUUGUAGUAUUACCGAAGUGGCCGAAGAUGAUACCACAAUGUCCGUGACCGAGAAGGUGAAUCUCUUUUCGAGUAUCAAAGAAACCUCCAACUACGACAAGACAUCAACAUUUGUUAAGGAAUCUUCAGUUGAAAUUGAUGAUAAACUCAGGAACGACGAAUGUCUUCUGAGUGUGUCAGAUAAGGUGAAUAAAUUCAUCACAACAGCCGAAGAAGUAAAGAAGAUCAGAACAUCUACGCCAUUCUCACCGGAACGCGAAAAGGAUGAUUCAAUUCGCGUUGAUGAAGAAUGCUUGUUGAGUGUUACCGAUAAAGUAACCAAGUUUAUUUCGACAGCUGAAGAAAUAAAGAAACCCAAAGUAUCAGCUCCAUUUGUUCCCGAAACACGUACUGAAAAUGGAGAUUUGGUAAAUGAUGAGAGUCAACUGAGUGUCACGGAGAAGGUUACGAAGUUCAGAACAAGAGCCGAAAAGCUCUCUGAAUCUACGCCACAGAGAUCACCGGAACUUGUGGCAAAGAUCGAUAGGCAGGUUUCGCGAUCAAAACCACCAACAGUUGAGAAGGUGCCUGAAGAAGAAUUUGGAGAUUUUGAAGAUGAGAAAACUCCAACAAGAAAAUCAAGCAUAAAAGAUCGUUAUACUCCAAAAGAGAAGUCCACAGUUCCCUCAUCUCCAAUUACACUGAGGAGUACGGAGAUUGUUAAGAAGGCAAAGGCUGUAUUUGAGAAGAAUAAGACUCCUGAUUCUAAGCCUCGUGAUAUCCUUUCUCGUCCUUCCGUUUGGGAGGGUAAGAAGUCUACAAAGUUAUCAGAUAUUGGAGUCAAGGAGAAGAAGGUACCAGAGAAACCAACUGCGGAAGAAGUUUCAAAGUCUGAAGGAUUCUUCCUCACAGAGCCCCACAACAGAGACACACCACGGGAACUUGAUCGUGCUUUCCAGAAUUCAAAUGAUUCAAUCCCUUCAUACCUGAAGGAUGCUGUGGCUACAAGAAAGAAUAUUUUUGAGAAGAAAAUAUCAUCUUCACGUCUUGAGACUGAGAAGAUCAGAAGGAAGUCUCAGGAGAAUGUUGAAAGAAAGCUUUCAAAGACUACAGAUGACAUUGAACCAGUUGUUGAGGAAGUUUGUGUGAAAAAGAUUGCAUACCAGACUCCAGCUUAUCCAACUGAGCCUGCGAAUCAAAGUGAAGCAUCUCCCAGGGAUUCUGUUGGAGCUAAAAGGAGUAUCUUCGAAAGGAAGGAUUCUCUCCCAUCUUACAUGAGUCACACUGUUAGUUCUCUUGAACACAUGACCGGUACACGAAAGGAUUCCAUUGAGAUUAACAAGAGCAAUCUGAGAAAGGCUUCAGUGGAGAAGAAGGAAGAGGAAGUUUACGAUGGAAAUCCAAGAAGUACCGUCAAAUUUGGAGUUGCUCUAAAGAGAACUGAUUCAGAGACUUCGCAACCGCGAAGAAAGUCCAGUUGCUCCGAAAUUCCCCACAUAGAGGAAAUCUUUGAUCUUGAACUGCUAGAAAGAAUGUUGGAAACAGUAACGGGCUAUGAGCAACGAAGAAGGAUUCGAGCACAAAUUCGUUUGGUGAAGAAGCAAAUGGAAAGUAAGUCCGAGAUAACUUCUGUGCGAAAAAUAAGUCCAACCCGGAAGCUUUCACCGCGAAAAAUCAGUGGGAAACCAUCUGAAGCAGCAGAACAUACGCAAUUAAAUGGGCAUAAGAGUGAAAGUGAAACAAUUGAGAUUUAUGAGAAGCACAUCUCACGCAGUCCUAGUCCACCAAAAUCCCUUCCAAAUCUACGACAGAUACGUCCGAUAAUUCCUGAGCAGAAGGAUGAGAAACCCAUUUGGGCGACAAAGAAUAUUUUGAAGAAAGCAUCGGAAACAAAUAGAACUUAUACAAGUCGAAGGGUAGUCAGUGAUACGAAGAGUCAACGCACCAGGACCGUUGAUACGAUGUCUGAGCCAAAAUCCAUUGAUUGUGUUACAUCAAGUUAUGGGAUUGGACCUACAGAUGACAAUGGGCAGCCUUUGUUUGGACUGAGAGCUCUCAAGAAGAAGAAUACGUCAUCCAGUGAUACAACAACUAAAGUAUCCGGUAGCAUCAUCAGAGAGUCCUAUCAUUCUAUGAAUGGUUCUGAGCCCGUUGGACAGCGCAGUGUUACGCUCUACUCAUCAGACCCAACAGAUUUUGAUCAGUUUGGUGAGAAAGCUGAGAAAAAAUCACCCGCACAGAUUCGCGAUAAGCUCCUCGAGAGUGAGCAAUCACGAAAAAUUCACAGCGUGACGAAAACCCAAAAAAUAGGUGAAAAUCAUGAGGAAACCUCACCGAAAGUCGUUCGUCGUGGUUCUGUGAAGGAGCUGAGUGAGAAAUUUAUACAGAAGGAAGCUGCCAUUGUGGAUAAGUCAACAACGCAGAGUUACCCAAAAGCCGGGCUUAUCCUUCGCACGCAGACAAGUCGAGAGGAUCGUCGUGACGAUCGACGUGAUUCCGAUACGAAGCCGGUAAAAUCUGAGAAGCAACAAGGGAGGGUUGUUGUGACAAAGACACAAACAAUCAGUGGUGAUGGUGGUGGUUACAAAACAACAACAACCACCACGAGCAAGGAGACACGAUCAUUUCUCAACAGUGCCAAUAGUAAAGUCACGGACGUUCAAGAUGUUCUCGAUCGAAUGAGGAACGCCGACAACGUGGAGGAAGCCGAAGAUAGUGUGGAAGACCGAGAAGCCAGAGCUCUCCUGAAUAAAUUCAUAGGAGCCAGCGUCCUUAUGGCUGGAAUGGAGUCAAUGAUGCCACAGGAAAUGAAUAAAAUUGUCGGACAACCCAUAAAGCAGCAGGUUGCUAAAAGUACGACAAAAACAGUUAAAACAUCGGCUUCCCCCAAGAGAAAACCCUCAAAUAUUGACGAAAUUUGGGACGAAGUUCUUCUAAAGCAGCUGUUGGAGCAAACAACAAACUACGAAGAGCGCCGAAAACUACGUGCUAGACUUAAGCAAGUGAUGGCGGAAAAGGAAGCUUGUGCUGACAUCGUAGCGAGUGUCAAGAGAGAAUUGAAGCAGCAGCAGCUCGAGGAGAGCACAGAAGAAGAGGAGGUGGUUGAGGAGGAGGAGGAAGAAGUGGAGGAAGAAGAGGAAGAAAUUGAGGAGGAGGAAGAAGAGGAGGAAGAGGAAGAGGAAGAAGAGGUAGUUGCUGCUCCCAAGGCAAAUCCAAAGGAUACGAAACCACCAAAAGCCUGCCCGAAGGAAGUAGCAGCGGCGCAAGUGAACACAAAAAGUCAGGGUGAGUCUCUCUUAUUGCCCCUACUACAGGGACUCCUGCACAAGAAAUCACCGCAACGAUCUAACUCCAAUCAGAGCACUAAUGAUGAGUGUGCUGUUCACGUGGAAGACUCCGGCACCGAAAGUGGUGAAGAUUUGAAACUCCUUGCAGCUGGAUUGCAUGACACAAUGGAGAUGAAUCGCCAGGAUGCAACUGCGAGUCGAGCUGGGGUGGAUCAGGGGCUCCUACUUGAUGUUACGGCUGCCCUGGGACGGUUGGAGUCAUCCCUGCGCGAGGGUAGGGACGUCAAUCUCGACACGAAGAGACGCUCAACACUACUUGGGCUCGUAUCACGCCUCCAGACGGGACUUAUAUCGCCCGAUAAGAUAUCCCCGACGGAAAAUGAUCUCUCCUCACCGGAAGUGGAAGCACGUCCCGACCCGGGAAGACGACCAUUUGGUGCUGCUCGAUUUGCAAAGCGACGUACGCGACAAAAUCGGCACACAGUGGGCGUGAGUCGUGAAGAGCUAGCUGAUGCCCGAAGGUACAUGGAGGACAUGAUAAUGCGGGAGAAUCAAUCGAGUACCGGGACACCGGAGGCCAUUACCACGCCCCCGGAAUUCCCAUAUAAUCUCCAGAAGCAAGCAUCAGCAGGUGCAUUGCUCACCUCUGAGCCCACAACUGUCCUCCAGCGCCCCAAGGAGUUUGUCAAGGAGAUCCCCAGCCCUGAAAUUUCCCUCCAUAGCGCCCCAUUGGUUCAUAUGCGUGAUAGCAGGCCAAAGUUUAAAUUUAUGCGACAAUCUCUGAGCUUGGAUGCCAGUGUUCACGACACACCCCCACCGCCACCAAGUCGUCAAUAUCACGAAAGUAUCUCUGUGGAUUCAUCGCAAACGCAAGUGAAGAAAUCCAUCCAGGAUGCCGUGUACAGGGCUAAGAAUAAGAAAUUGGAGCAUCAGAAGGCAUCUGAUGGCGAGGGCUUUCGCGUUGAGGAGAAAAAUCAACGGAAUCGUGUCAAUCAUGGGAAGAAAAGUGUGGCACGGAGUAGAACUCCUCCAGCUUCGGCAGCUCAGCGUUUGCUGGAAAUUGCCACAUCCGACGACACCAGUCGCUCAUCGAAGAAAAUAAAAAUGAAGCGUGCCAACACAAUUGAUAUCCCGAAACCCCUCAAAAUAGCCCUGGCCGUGGGUGAGAGUGAUGAUGCCAUGUCUGAGAAUGAAUUCCUCGGACAGAAAGUGAGUAAAUCUCAAAAUUCUCAAGGCCUCAAGACGGCCAUUCAGGUUGGGGAUAAGAAACCCGCAGGAAAGACCGUGGUGCCGGUGUUUCAGCCCAAAACGGAGAAUGAUCACAAAUUCCUGGCGUUCAUUCACAAGCAGACAGCAAAUAAUGGAUUAUCGUGGUCAAAGCCAUCCAAUGAAAUUGGGAAAGUCCUCCCAGAGCCCAAGACUGAUAAACAUCACAACUGGAGCAAUAAAUUCGGCAAUAUAAAGAAUACCUUUGAGAAUGUGCCAAAGAAUCAAACUCUAGGGAUGAAGGUGACAUCACCGGUGGGAUUAAAUUCUGCCAGGAAUUUCUGGAAGACAACUGAAUCCACUGUGGUCACGCACAAACCACUCCUGCCCAAGAAGACACCACCGAUUGUGUCGAAACCACCGUGGUCUGGUGAGAAGGGCGUUGGGACGAAAAUAGAGAAAUUCGAAAUUCCACCCCAUCAACCCCAAUCCCCACAACUUAUCAUCCCCAAACCAAUCCCAGUGAAUAAAUUCUCUCAUGCCCCCAUGUCUGUUUUCAAGCCACUCCCACCCAAGAAGAUUAUUCAGCAAAUUCCUCCCUUCAAACCCAUUGCCCCCGAAGCUAUCCCACACACUGUCCAACUUCCUCAUCCCACAAAUUCCACCGUUAAGCAACUUACAAAUGGCUUUAUGGACACCUCCGGAAGAGGAGCUAAGCCCCCAUCGGGUUUGACGGCAUCCUCACCAACGAGGAAUCUUGCCAAUUACCAAUUUACCCAGCAGAAUACCUCACCAAAGUCCCCGACCAAUGUCCUUCCGUGGACAGCUAAGGUUGUGCCCGAGAAGCGUGUUCUCAAUAUUGCUGCUGCUAAAUUCGAAGUUCCUCCCCCGCCAAAGAUCCCCAGUCCAAGAAAACUCUCCCCACGAUCGCAAUCAAUGAAAUAUCGCUCUACUCAGGAAACUUACGUCGCUCCCCAACCGCCAAUGCCAUCAAAUCGUCUCUACGAGAAACGUCCCUCACUCCCGAAUCCCGAUUAUUCCUUCUUGGAUGACAUUGACACAUCUGGGUACGAUGAAACCUACCACAAUACGCAGAUGAAUGAAAAUAUCUUCCAAGUUAACCCGUCGUACGUGGCUCCGCGUUCUAAGCACAUGGGUAGUGUACCGAAUCUCACUGAUUUGUCCUAUGAGACGCCAAGGAGUUACACUGUAACGGACUACACACCACCAGGAUGUGUCUCAACAUGUGUCCCUCAGUGGACAGUUGAUAGUCCUCGGGAUUCCAUAACAAAUCCCAAUGCUGAACCCCUGGUGCUCACAUGCGAACGACCCGUUUACAGCCCGAAGCAACAGCAGGAGACUCUGAAAAUUUUCGACUAUCCAAGUCCAGUGUCUGUGUCACCGGCAAAAUCCUCCAAUGAUGCCACUGAUGAGUGGGAUGAGGAUUUAACGGACUCCACGGAGUACAAGGCUGUGUCGUCGCGUGUAAUGACGGGACCUAUUUGUCAUUCAGCUGUAACAGUGAGCCACAAGACAUCGAGAUUGGGUGAUGAGGAUCCCAAUGGGAAGGGUUCAGAUGCCGCCAAGAGUCUCCAUUCGGUUUUGCGUGGCAUUAAAAAGGCUACACCACCGAAUUCACCCAAAUACCCCGCAAGUCCCACCUCGAGGAGCCCCACUAAGGGGCGACGCACCCCUCCGAGCCCAAUUGUCCUCAAACCCCAGGAAGUUGUGCGGCAAUCAGGUCCGAAGAUUGUGGAAACCCCUGCAACACCACAAGCUACCCUACCCAGCCAUAUAAUCUACAACAACGUCCAUCAACGCUCACCACCGGAGAAGUUCGUGAGCACGUACAAUCAAAUGGCACGCGUGACGAGUACACAGUCCGGCCCAAAUGCCCUAAAACUGACGGCCGAAACUGAAACCACAGAAGAUGUUUCUAAAAAUGAAGACGAUGGAGUCAUUACAACGACAAAAACAAUUACCACAAAAACUGUUCAAUCGAGAGUUGCUGCCAAGCCAAUGUCUCCCUUUGCUAAGUUCCGCCAGUUGGAUAAGCAAAAUUCAGCAACUUCUCCACUCAACUCCCCAUUAACACCUUCAACUCCCAAGACACCUGGGGGAUCUGCAGCCCCAUAUUUUAAGUUUACCGACCCAGCGUUAAGUGCUCGUGCCGCCACUGUUAAGGAACAGCUACUGCAGUGGUGUCAGAAUAAGACAAUGGAAUAUGAGAACGUUCAAAUAACCAACUUCUCUACGAGCUGGUGUGAUGGAUUAGCAUUCUGUGCACUCAUUCAUCACUUCCUGCCGGACGCUUUCGAUUACAGCGCCCUGACACCUCAGCAACGCAAACACAACUUCACACUCGCUUUCCGAGUGGCUGAUGAGAAAGCCGGGAUCGCGCCCCUUCUCGAUGUCGAGGACAUGGUUAUGAUGCGAAAACCCGACUGGAAGUGCGUUUUCACCUACGUCCAAUCGAUCUAUCGACGCUUCCGGAAUGCUGAAUGAACAAAAAGCCAUCUUUCAGUCUUUUUUUGUUAAUUAAAUUGUAGGAAAAAAGAAGUAGUCAAAAGUCUCCAAGAGUUGCAUUGUUGCUAAAGCCAUUUGUUAUCAGCUCGUGUUCCCUUUACAUACUUAUUUUACAGCCCCUCCCCUAACCCCAAUUUCUCUUUCAAUGUGCCCCCAAGAAUAUAUUUUUUAUGAUAUAAAAAUUGUAAUAUUUUCUAAUAUAUAAUAUAAAAAAAGAAAAACAAUAUAGAAAUAAAAAAAAGAAACAAUAUUAAACAAUAUCGUGAUGAAGAAAAUUUGUAUGAAACUUGCAUAAAUCUGUAUUUAUUAGAUGUUUAGAUUUUACUUGAGAAUCUUUUUCUACCAAUAUUUUGUAUUGUGGUGCAAUUUAUUUAAAACAAACAAUGAAAAAUCUAUUAAUAUUUCAAUAUGUUGAUGAAAAAAAAAACUCUAAAAAGAAAAUUACAAAGAACCCUGAUGUUGGGUUUAAUAAUAAAAAAAAUGAUUUGCUCUCUAACUUUAUCUUCUAAACUAAUGAAGAAAUCAAACUGACUAAAAUGUAACUCUUUUACUGUGUUUUUUGUUAAUAUUUUUUUUUUCACCUCUCAAUGAGGAAAAGCCGCAGAAAAAUGUGUAAUAAUUUAACCAAAUAAUUUUUACAGAAAAAAAAAUAAAAUUGAGAAAAUGCUUUGAAGUAAAGUAGUCGUGCAACAUU